UUUCAGAAUGACACCACGGCGCAAGUGCUGCACAGAACUAAAGGUGCAAGGAGACGAGGGCGCAGGCGCGGAUGGCACGGGCGUCACUGUGCUACAAGCACCGCGGCCCUUUCACCUUCUUCUGGUCUCGGAAUUGACGGGACCCUCGCCCCCCCCCGCCAGCAGCCAGACACCGCGCCGGACCCGCGCCCCGACAGAUGGAGCCAGAAACUCCGCGCUCAUGCAGCUGGCUCUUCCGCAUCUGCGUAAGUAAUACAGAUUUGAAACAAUCGCCUACUUCAUUAUCACAGGGGCACGGAGAUGCACUAAUGAGCGACAAACGUUUGUUUGGUCGCUUUUGCCCUUGUCAUGCUUAUUACUUGAUUGCAAGCAUUAAGGAUUUGCUAUGAAACCACAACCAUGAAAUAUAAAGCACAUCAGCUGCACUGACAGACGCCUGGCGCGCAAUGGCGCAUAUUGCCCAUUUCGCGAGUGCCAGCCUCGCUGCGAGCACGCAGAUAACUCUGACUGGCCAGGAGGAAGCCUACACAGCUCUGACGAGCGCAUCUCUUCCAGGCACACACUUGCCCACGCUCGGCUACACACUGGGCAGCACGCAGGUCGCGUCGGACCUCCCGAGUCCGGCGGUGGGCUCGGAGCCGGACCCUUUGCUGGCUCUGGCCGAUGCUGUCAGCGACGACAGCGACGUAUUACCUGGCGUGGCUGGUGCAGAAGCUUGCGAAUGCGCCUACAGCGCUGGGGUUGAUGCGAUAGCUGGAGGUGCGGCGCACGACGUUGCGCUCCGCGGGAGCACCGCUUCUGCGCCUGCGGCCGCCGACGAGACCGGGCAGCGCCAGCACAAGCAGCGGGAAACACAGGACCUGACACUGUCACGCUAUCUUUUCGGCGCGGCGGCUGACGCUACAGCCUCGGUAACGGCUGGCACAGAGCAGGACGAGGACCUGGGGGCCUCACCUGUGCCACGCCUGCCACAUCAGCGUGUCGCACAUGCGCCCGAUCACCCCACCCAGACGCUGGUGCAGCUCCCCGGACAUGCCAGAGACGAGUCUGCGGCAGCGACCUCAGAGGGCGAGCCGGUGCAGCUGCCGGUGGCGCUGGCGGCGGAGCCGCAGCAGGCGGGGCCGGGUGCGGGAGCGGAUCAUCGUCACGGCCUAAAACGGCAGCCGCCACCCGUUGUCGAGCCAGCGAUGGAUCCUGAGGGGGAUCCCGAGGCGAAGACCGCGGUGAAGCCUGAAGCGGGUCGUGAAGCUGGAGCCGAGGCCAAGUCUGGGGCGGAGAUCGGGGCGGAGCCGCUGGGCGACACCCAGCCGCUUGCAGGCACUGAGCCGCUGGAGGUUCUGCCGCCGCCGCCGCCGCCGCCGCCGCCGCCGCCGUCGCCGCUGCCGCACGACAACACGUGCCAGACACAUGGCGGCGCCGACUCGGCGGAGGAGCAAAGGCAGCAGCAGGAGCAGCGACCGCGCCUCGCAGCGUUGAUGGAAGGCGCGGCCCGGGCGGUCCGCGGCGAGUGGUUGGCUGAAGUGGAGGCGAUUGACGGCCUGAACUCGCGGGCGCAUGGGGCCCAGACCGGCGCAGCGUGCAUGGGCGUGGAUGCCUCGCCGCCGCCGCGGCACCACCACCCACACCCGCAGAACCACCAUCGCCAACAACAGCAGCAGCAGCACCAGGGGCAUACUGGGCAGCCGGAACCGGCAAUGGCGCCGGCUGAGCAGCCUCCACAGCUCCUGCAGCCACCACCGCCGCCUCCUCAUCCCUGUCCCUGCCCUGUCGCGCAGCUGGGCCCAACCGCAGUCCAGCCCUGCCAGACGACUGCUGCUCCUGCGCUCGAUGCAAAUGCCAACUCUUAUGCGAAUACUGAUGCCAAUGUUAGUGCCAGUGCUAAUGUGGAAGUGGGCUCCGAGUCCGUGUCAUUCCAUGCCUGGGGGCGCACGCCGUGUGUGGGCUCGGAGGGGCUGACGAGCGGCUGCCCCCCGCCCCCCGGCUCUGGAUCGCCGCCGCUUGCUGACAUGGGCGCACCACCCAGCAGCGCGCACGAUGCCGCUCCUGCCACAGCUGCCACAGCUGCCACAGCUGGUAAUGCGGCCGAAGGUGCCGCCACGCCUAUGGACGUGGAUGAGUUGGCUGUGACGGCACGUGCGGCGGCAGGGGGCGGCGGUCAGGACGCACUGGCGGCCGGGUCCGCGCCACCGCCUGCACCCGCAGCGAGCGGACAGCUGCAGGGCGCAGCUGCGAACCAGGUGGUCACUGCGGCGAGCGGCCCGCCUGCGCAGCACGCACCGCAUGAGCUGCGUCGGCAGGUGCUGCAACAACCACAGCAGCAGCCCACGCAGCCGCAGUCGCUGCUGCCGCCGCGCCCACAGGCACAGCCGCCCCUGCAGCCCGCCCCUCAGACACAGCCCGCCGCCACCCAGCCGCUCCCGCAGCCAGCCUCCUCCCAUCUGCCUCCGCCCCAGCCUUCGUCUCAGGCUCGCCCGCCGCCGCAAGCCCCUCCACGGCCCGCGGCGCGGCCGGCAUCCCCGCCGCCGCCGCCUUUGCAGGAGGCGUGGCGGCUGUGCGCGGGCAGCUCCGUCGCGGCCCACUACCGCUCCCUUGUGGACAUCCGGCCGGACGCGCUGACCUCUGACCCCGUCCUGGCUUCGCUGUCGGUCCUGAGGGACCACCAGCUCGUCACGCCAGCUAUGAUCGCGGCCGCAGGCGGCGGCGGCGGCGGCGGCGGCGGCGGCGGCGGCAGCGGCAGCGCGGCGCCCAUCCUUGAUCGGGACCGGGAGCGGAACCGGGCGAUCCGGCUGCUGCACGCGGUGAUGGUCAACAUGGCGACGAGGUCGGAUCCGGAGUCAGAGGGGAGGAGGGCGCCAGGCGCAGCAGGCGCAGCAGGGGGAGGUGGAGGAGGUGGAGGCGUGGGUGGAGGUGGUGGCGGAGGUGGCGGCGCCAGCGGGCAGGACCCAGGGCAGCUGAGCCGGCGGCAGCUUGAGUCGCUGGUGCGGGCGCUCACUCAGCCGCCGCCGCCGCCGCCGCCUGCCACACCGCCGCCGCUGCAGCGGGUGCGGCCGCAGCAGCUGGAGACCCAGGCCACCGCUGGAGCCGCCGCCCUGUGCGCCGCCGCCGCAGGCGCCGUGGAGGCUGCGGAGCGGCGGGAGCGGCCGCCGCUGGACCCGGCGGCGGCGCCGCUGCUGGUGGGACUGGACCUGUCGGGGCAGCGUCUGGUGGACAACCGGCUCCUGGAGGACAAGCUGCUGCCUGCGCUGACGGCCCUGGGCACCCAGCGCUGCCACCUGCGACACCUGGGGCUGGCGCGCUGUUCGCUCACGGGCGAGGCGCUCCGCGCGCUGGCCCUGUGCGGCCCGCUGCAGCGCUCGCUGCGGGCGCUGGACCUGUCCCACAACCCGCGGCUGGGCGCGCCCUGGAGCGGGCCGCGGUGGCGCUGGGCGCUGGGGCGCUGCGGGGGGCUGCAGCUGCUGGACGUGCGGUACACAGGCAUGGACGCGGCGGGGCUGUGUGAGCUGUCGGCGCUGCUGUCGGCACUGCAGGACACACGGCAGGUCCUGGCGGUGCUGAGGCUGGGGCCGCCCACAGACCUGGCCGCACCCGCUGUCCCAGCCACAGCAACAGCUACAGCAACAGCAACAGCAUCGGCAUCGGCAUCAGAAACAGCCCCUAUGGUAGAGGCUGCGGCUGCGGCUGCGGCUGCGGCUGCUGGGGCAACCGCCGCCGGUGUUCAGGACGCGGCGCUGGAUGGCGCGGUGCCGGUUACCGCCGCCGCCGCCGCCGCCGCAGCAGCAGCAGUAGCAGGGGCUGGUGCUACAGCCGCUGGGGCUGCAGGUGCUACAGCCGCCACCGCGCCCACGGCAUCGGGCGACGCCAGCGGCAAUGGCGGCGAGCGCGUCUGCGGCCCUGCGGCUGGUGGGGUCUGCUGGCCGCUGGACGGCGCGGCACUGGGGCAGCUCGCCACACACCUGGCGGCGCUGCCCAAACUGCAGGUUGUGGAGCUGGUGGGUAUGUCGGCGCAGCAGGCGGAGGUGGUGGUGGCGGCACUGGCGGCGAGGAGGUCGCUGUUGGGCGGUGCAGGGCAGAGCUGGCACGUCAAAUGGCCGGCGCCCGACACGCCGCGGCUGUGCUACAAGGCCACUAACGGCGGCGCCGGCUCGGGCUUUGGCGGCUCUGGCGGCGGCUGGAGCAACAAGUGGGAGCAGGUUGCGGAGGACCGGCUGGCACCCGGCGUCAAUGUGCCGCCGCCGCUCUGGCACGACCGCACCUUGCCGCGGCCAUUCCUGGCGGUGGCGGCGGCAACGACUGGUGGCGGCGGCGGCAGUGGCGGCGGCGGCGGCUCUGCAGCGGCGGCGGCGGCUGUGCAAGCGCUGCGCCCAGGAGCCGCACAGCAGCAGACGCCGCCGGUGUGCCAGCAGCAGCAACAGCAUGUGGACCCGCUGCAGCCGUUGAUGCAGUCGAACGGCGGCGGCGGUGGCGGCGGUGGCGGCGGGUACGGGGCGUACGGCGGUGGCUAUGGCGGCGAGGCAGCGGGUCUGGCGGGGCACCCCAGCGUCACCGGCGCCCGUGUGCCUGGCGCCGGCGGCCUGGGUGUCGUUGGUGGCGGCGGCGGUGGCGGCGGCGGCGGCGGCGGCGGCGGCGGCGGCGGCGGCGGCCAGCAGCAGAAGCCACAACACCGGUGGCCCGGCGGUGGCGGAGGUGGGAGUGGAAGAGGCGGAGACGGAGGAGGAGGCGGGCGGAUGCGGCAACAGAAUAUCGGCAACUUCUUGGAUGCGGGACAGGCGCCGGCGCAACACCGACACAGUAACGGCGGCGGCGGCAGCUGCCGGGCACGUGGCGGCGGUGGCGGCGGCGGCGCUGGCGGCGGCGCACGCAAAGGCGGUGGCGGUGGCAGCAAGCCAUGGCGGGGCGGCGGUGGCGCCGCUGGAGGGCCGUUUGGAGGCGGCGGCGGCGGCGCACGUGACUACAACCCCGAGGAGGAGGAGGCGGGGCUGCAGAGCGACGACGACGACGGCGGUGGCGGCGGCGUGAAGCGGGGAGGGCGCCCGAGCGCAGGCGGUGGAGGAGGAGGCGGUGGAAAAGGCGGUGGAGGAGGCGGUGGAGGCGGUGGUGGAGGCGGCGGUGGAGGAGGCGGUGGAGGCGGCCGGCGCUCGCACGGAGGAGGUGGAGCCGGAGGUGGAGGCUGGGGAGGAGGCGGUGGCGCAGGUGGAGGAGGCGGCGGCGGAGGUGGAGGCGGCGGCGGAAGCCGGCUGCAGAAGCGGCCCAGCGGCCGGGCUGGGGCGGUGGCGGCGCGACCGGGCGGGGCGGCCGGGAGGCGGCAGCCGGAGUGGCGGGGCCGGCAGGCGUCUCUGGAGGGCCUGUUGGGCCUGGACGCGGCCCCCAGGGCGGCUGCAGGCAAGCCCGCGCGGCCCGCUGCGCCGCGCCCCGGGGCACGCCCUCUUGGCGCGGCCCCGGACGCCACCAUCUACAUCGAUGACAGCCAAGGCGACGAGAACGAUGACAACGACGACUUCGUGGAUGAUGGUGUGGGGGCCGCCGGUCGGCGCGCCCGUGCGGCGCCGCAGCAGGCCUUUGGAGGAGCCAACGGCGGCGGCGGCGGCGGCGGCGAGGAGCCGGAGGUGGUGGAGUUCAACUUCAACCGGCCGUCUGAUGAGGAUGCCACCGGUGGUGGUGGCGCUGGAGGGGGUGUGUACGACGAGGAGGCUGGGGACUACCUGAGGUUGUAUGCGCGCGGGCAGGCGGCGUCGCGCUGGGGCUGGCGGGGCCAGCAUCAGCGGCGGCGCGGCGACCGCUCCGGCUCCUCCUCCUCCUCCGACGACUCCAUUGUGUUCAGUGACGGCGACAUGGUGCUGACGGAGAGCGAGGACGACGACGACGAGGCGGUGGCGGCGGCGGUGGAGGUGGACCGGGCCUACCGGCAGAACCACUUCCAGGAGGACAUGAGCGACGUGCUCAACCGCUUCCUGCGCAAGGGGCUGGGCCAGCCAGCCGACUACGCCGCAGCCCCGGGCGCCCCCUCGCCCGCGCCCUGGGAACGCCAGCAGCUCGAGCGCCGCUGUCGGGCCCAACGCGAGGCCCGCCGCCGCCAGCGCUCCCGGGGCCCCGCCUCCGGGCCCGACGCCGGCGCCGCUGCCGGCAGCCGGGGGCGGCGCAGCCGCAGCCGCAGUAUCAUCAGCAGCCGGAGCCGCAGCCGCAGCCGGAGUCGGAGCCUGGGGCGUGAGUUCUUUGAUGACGCGGGUGCGGCGGCUGCGGCGGCUCGCGCAAAGGACCGCGACCGUGGCCGGCCCCGGUCCUGGGAGGGGGGCGGCGAGGACGGAGGUGACGGUGACGGCUUCAUCGUGAGGGACUCGGAGGAGCAGGAGCGGCGGCGGCGGCGGCGGGAGGAGAAGCGCGCGCGCAGGGAGGCCGCGCGCCUGGAUGCAGCGCAAGGCGAGGAUGAUGGUGCGGGUGACGGCGCCGCCGGAGGCUCAGCGGCGCUCAGCAAGGAGGCUGCGCGCCUGCUGGACCAGCAGCGGUUGUUCCGGGCGGGUGACAGCGGCGGCGCCGCUGGCGCAGGUGCCGGCGGCAGGGUCGGUCCGGACUGGGACUCUGACUCUGACGGCAGCUGGAGCGCCGGCGGCUCCUCAGACGGCGGCAGCGCAAGCGACGGCGACGGCCACCGAAGCGGCCGCCGCCGCGGCCAGGCCGGCGGCGCGGCCGCCAAGGUGGCCAAGAAGCACGCGCGCCCGCCCAAGCCCGUCGCGCCGGCUGGCGCAGAGGCAGCAGGCGCCGGAGGCGCCGCCGCCGCUGGUGCCGCCGCCCGCGGCGGCCGCUCCGCACGCCUGCGCGGAGCGCCGCCUGAGGAUGUCGCUGCUGCCGCCGGCGGCGGCCCGAACCUUGAGGCGGCGCUGGCGGCGGCGGCGGCGGUGCCCAACUCCCGAGCCAGUCGCGAACUGCGCAUUCUGCAGCCGUUCGGAUGGGACAAGCGCAACAAGUUGCACCCAGCCAACAUGGACAAACUCAAGGCGGGAGGGCUGCUGCUGCCGGGCGGCGGCGGCGGCGGCGGCGGCGGCGGCGCUCAGGAGGAGGAUGAAGAGCUGCAGCUGGCCAAGGCUCGCUCCAUGUACGACGGCCUUGCGGACAACCCGCUGGGCGAGGACAGCGACGACGACGACCAACUGCUGCUGGUGGCCCGCGGCCGGACACCCGCAGUGUCGCCACCCGGAAUGGCUGCCGGCGGUUAUGCGCUCCCUCCCGCCAGUGCCGCCGGCGGAGCAGCAGCAGGCGCAGCAACAGCAGUAGCAGCAGGCGCAGCAACAGCAGUAGCAGCAGGCGCAGCAGCAGCAGCGGCAGCAGCAGGGGCAGGGGCAGCCGUGCUGUCAGGCGCUGGCAUCGACGGCGCUGCAUCCAGCGGCGGCGGGUCUGCAGCGGUCAGCCCGGCUGCUGCUGCGGCAGCGCCAACAGCGGCCACGCCGGCCGCGGGCAUCGCCGCUCCCGGGUCCGCCGGCGCCACAGGCUCAGGCCCCAGCACGGCGCCGGACACUGCUGGCGGCACGGGUGCGGAGCUCCCGCACGCCGCUACGGCCGGUAGCCACGAGGACGGGGACGAGGACGAGGAGGAGGGUGCGCUGUUUUGGGCUGCAGGGCGGCGGCGCAGCUCGCGGCCGGUGGUUGCGUCGGCGGGGCGGGAUGCGGCAGAGCCCAGUGGCGGCACCGGCCGGCGGCUGGUGGGCAGCCGGCGGCGCGUGAUCCUGGACGGCUCGGAGGAGCAGGACCAGUGGCUGCUGCCGCCGCCAGUGCCCGCAAUGGAGCUGGGCACUGAGGGGGGCAAGGAGGAGGAGGAGGAGGAGGAGAAAGAGGAGGAGGAGGAGGGGACUGGAAAGGAGGAGGCAGGGAACGCGGGCAACGCGGGCCGUCGGGCGGUGGCAAGCUCGCCCUCGCCGUCAGCAGCUCACUCGGGCGGCCCGGGCACAAGCAGCGAUGGUGGUGGUGGUGGUGGUGAUGGUGGUGGUGGCGGCAAGGGGCGCGCCAGCGGCGGUAGGGCCAAGCGGCGGCGGCCGUCGGGUCCCGGGGGCAAGUCCCUCAAGUCCAUUCCGGAGGGUUAUGAGCUGUGGACCGAGCGCGAUGGCGGUGGUGGCGGCGGCGGUGGUGGUGCUGAUGCGGGCGACCCAGACGGCAGCUCUGCCGGGGAGGACGAGGGAGCGCGGCCCAAGCGCCGGAGCCGGGGCGCAGAGGGGCCGUCGUCCUCGGCUGGCGCCACGGGCUCGGCCGCAUCCCACGAUGGCGGACGGCAUCGCAGCACCGGCCCCGAGGGCGAGCAGGGCUCCAAGCCGGCGCGGGAGGGGCGGGGCCAGGCUGAGCGGCCGCGUGUGGUGACGGGCGCAGAGAAGGUGGUCGGGGACCUGCAGAUGGAGGUGACGGCGCUGGAGGCCCGGCUGCAGCAGCUGCAGCAGCAGCAGCAGCAGCAAGGCAGGCGCCAGGCGCGGCAGGCGCCAGCAGCGGUGGAGGCAGACGCGAGGGCAGCGAUGGAGUCAUCGGCGGGGCCCCAGGCUGGACUGGCGGCCUCAGUGGCGGUGGGUGCGGCGCAGGGUACUGGCCCUAGUGGCGGCGCGCCCAUGGAAGCUGUCGCAGCGGCUGAGGCGCUGGGUGCGGCCGCGGAGGUGGCGGCACCAGGAACAGCAGCUGCUGCGCAGGAGUUGCAGGCGGGGGCGCAGGAGGGGAUGCAGGCGACCGGGGAGGCGCAUGCGCAGGCGCAGCAGGAGGGGCGAGAAGAGCGGGAGGAGGCGGAGGAGGCGGCAGGCCUGGAGUUGCUGCUGCGAGAGGCGCGCAAGCGGCUGCGGCGGGCGGAGAAGACGUGGGCGGACCUCAAGCAGUUCAGCUGGGACAGCCGCAUCGGCCAGCACCCUGUCAACGAGGCAAGGCUGCUGCCGGGUGCGGAGAAGCGCCAGCACCGCGCCCCCAAGAAGUACAGCCCGGGCCGCGAGGCGCGGGCGGAGCAGCGGCUGCGCGAGCAGGCCCGCGCCGCCGCCGCCGCACCCAUCGACCUCGACGGCUGGCAGGUGUUUGACCCCACGGCCACCAGCCCCGCACUAGCCGCCGGCCGGCAGGGCAAGCGCGGCGCCAAGGGCGGCAAGCGGUCGCGUGCGGAGCGGCGAGCCGCGAAGCGGCGGCGCAAGGCGGCGGGCGCCAGCCGGCCAGCGGCCGUCGAUGCACACCGUGACCGCAUGUCGGUUGAUGCCGGCAGCGGUGGCAGCAGCAGUAGCAGCAGUAGCAGCAGCAGCAGCAGCAGCAGCGAUGUAGAAAGCAGCGAUGAUGAAGAUGAUAUGCCCAUUGGUAUGAUGGUGGCGGCAGGCGGCGGCAACACUCCUCGGCCGGCGGCCGGCCCCGCCAGGCCGACGGCACUAGCAGCCAGCGGCCGGCCUUCUGCAGCCGCGCCAGCAGCGGGCGCAGCUACUCCGGCUGUGGUGCCGAAGGCACAUGUGGCUGCAGCUCGCGCCGCUCUGGGGGCGGAAGAGGCCAUCCCUGGGCCUGCUUUUGUGGCAGCGCUUAGAGCCGAUGGCAGGACCCCUACUGCUAGCGCAACACCGGCGGCGGCAGCAGGCGGUACGGGCCCGGUGACAGCGGGGUCGGGCAGCAAAACUGGGCAGGAGCAGGAGCCGGCAACAGGGCAGCCGACCGACCCUCGACUGCGUGCUGCGACUGCUGCGGACCCAGCGGCAACCACCCGUGCCAACACCGCACCGGUGCAGCACGCACAGCAGCAACCGCCUGCCCCGCUGCAGUCGCCAGCCGCCAUGGCCAGCGGAGCCAGGCCCCAGGCGCAGGCGUUGCCGCCGCAGGCAACGCCCAUCGCUAGCGGUGCAGGCAGCGCGCGGCGCGACGUGGCGGCGCUGCUGCCCCCCACCAGCUUCACGCCUGCAGCGGAGGCGCAGGUGCCGCUCCCGCCGCCAAGCGCACCGCUGCCGCCCUCGGGCGGGCCCGCUGCUACGCCGUCGCUCUUCCGCCGCUCGCCCUCCCAAGGGCCGCUGUCGGCCGGCGCGCAGGGCAGCAGCGGCAUGCUUCACCACCACCAUCGGCACCAGCUGCUGCUGCUGCAGCAGAGUGCCGCUCAGACCGCACGGACCACGCCCUCGACGUCUCAGGGCUCGACGCCCUCGCAGACACCCUCUCAGGCGCCCUCCCACACGCCUGCAUCCCAGGGCUCCAACGGCACCCAGAGGCGGCUGCGGCUGGCGGCACUGCUGCAGGCGCCCAGGAGCGCACCGCCGCUGUCACAGCAGCCUGCUGUGGCCGCGCCCCUGUCGCAAGCGGGCCCACGCAGCGGAAGCAUCUCACCUGUGGGCAUGCGACACGGGCCUGUCCGGGCGUUCAGUGCGGCGCAGCCACAGCUGGCGCCGCCACCAGGGCCUCGGGCAGUGGCGCCGCCGCCCUUGUUUGCGGCGGCUCCACUGCUGGCGCACGGAGCCGCAGCCGUGUCGCCGCCAACUCGCUCGGGAGGCGCCGGCGGCACGGCGGCGUGUAAUGCGGGGGGAGCGAUGGUGGCAGCGGCAGCCGCAGCUGCAGCUGCGGACGCGGCCGCACUGGCCCACACCUGUGCCUCACGUGCCGAGGUAACGGCGGGUGCAAUCAAACCGGGGCUCCUGCCGGUCGACGCUGCCUCCACACACUCCGCUGCCGCGCAGCCAGCCCCAAUCCUCGCGCGCGCUGAGGCGGGCGUCGGCGCAGCCGGCUCCCUCGACUCCCUCGCAUUGCAGCCUGGCAGCACCUCUGUCCCGGGCUCCAGUCCUGCUGCCACGGGCAGUGUGCAUGAGCUGUCGAGCGGCUUGCGGUGGGAGGUGGCCCUGGCAGCCAUCAGUGCCGGCAGCGAGAGCGUGGAUGACGACGACGUGGAGUUGGACAGCGAGGAGGGCGGCGAGGACGUGGAGGAGCGCGCGGCUCGCGAGGCACGUGCCUAUCAAACGCAGCUGCUCUCGCAGCGCGCAACGCAGCACGCAACGCAGCACGCAACGCAGCGUAUGCAGGUCACGGCUGGCCAAGGGUUGGCGGAUGGGGCCGAUACCAGUGUAGCACAUUACCGUAUGCCGGGAGCAGCUUUGUGAAUGGGCACCGGGUAGCAAGCCGGUCGCGAGGGCGGCAGGUCGUUGCACGAGAUCAGAGGGCAGUCGGGCAGGUUGUCAUGGUGGGUGGUGUAGCGCGUUGUAGGCCAAGGUGGUGUGGGAAGGCGCAGAUGAGUUGCCUCGUGCGCGCAGGAUGUGUGCGGGAGUUGGGGGAUUACGGUAGCUCGUGACUCCAAGUACGGCAAUAAACGUUUAGUAACGCCAGCGCACGGGCCGUGCUGCAUGGGGAUGCAGCAGAAGACUACCUGCAAUAAAGGCAU